UCAUUGACCCUUCCAUUUAUGUACUACUCGGACUGGAGUCUGGAAGCAGUCAAUGUCACGUUUGUAGUGUUUUUGCGGUUAAAAUUGUGUAGAGUCUCCAUCUUUUUAAAUGUUUAAACUAGCGUGUUCAGUCGUAACCUCUUUGAGUACUGCUUGUCGACAAGCUUCAACCAAAGGAACCUCGUUCAGCCGUACAUUCCAUGGCACCGCCGUCGGUUUCCAGGAGGUGGCAGCGAGCAGCAAAGACUCCUCGCAAGUCUCCAGAGACUUCAGCCAUUUCCCUCCCUUGCCUGGCCACGACAGCCCCCUUAGGUGGGGCGGAAAGAAGUUUGAGGAGUUGCCCAUCCUGCACAUCAAAGCUACAUAUAACAACACACACAUCCAGCUGACGGACUGCGAGGGCCAGUCCUUGGUCAGGACUUCGUGCGGGACGGAAGGCUUCAAGAACAUAAAGAAGUCCACGCCAGUCGCCGCACAGACCGCUGCCAUCUCCGCUGCGGCCAAAUCAACGGCCAAGGGGGUGACGUUUGUCCGUGUCAUUGUCAAAGGUCUUGGACCGGGCCGCUUGUCAGCCAUCAAAGGCUUGACCAUGGGAGGCCUGGUGGUGGUCUCCAUCACGGACAACACACCUGUACCGCACAACGGCUGCCGUCCACGCAAAGCCCGGAGGAUGUGAUCAUCCUCCCCAACAGUAAAAAAAGCCAUUUGUUUUUUGUUUCAAAAUGUCUUGGCCGCGCUGUGCCAUUUUAAGGUUCAUCAGAACAUUUGGACACACGGUUAGUCGUCAUGACAACUUGAGCAGUAGACGAGUGGAAGACACAUCAGCGCAACCUUCCGUCAUUUGACUUUUUAUUUGUAUUAUUUACACGAUGCACUGUUGCCAAGACAACAACAAAAUCAAUGUUUUGGAUGUUCUUCAUAUAAAUAUAUCCUCACGUGCUGCGUUUCCACUUGACAGGUUCCUUAAUGGCAGAUGAACGUUAUUCUAGAUGUGCAGCAAAAUGGAGGACACAUACUUUUUGCUAAGAUAGCCCUUCAUAAGCAACAUGGUCAUCAACACAAUCCAGAGAUAAAACAUGAAAAACUACUUCACACUGAUUAAGAUGAGCAGAUAUAUCUUGCAGUAUAUGAUUACAUUGAUAGCAUGGCUGGCAUAAAUUGCCCAGCAGAAUAGUUUCAACCCGACAAUAUCCUCUGAAAGUAUUCAAAAAUAAAAUGUUCUGGACUGCA